AUGGCCGCCCCCGGGCUCGACAAAGUCCACUUCUUCGACCUCACCAGCGCCACGCCCGGUAACCCCCACCGCUCUCUCUUCGCAAUCGAUGCUAAUACAUACCCUCGAGUAGGCCCGAACAAGUCCUGGUCGCCCAACACCCUGCGUACCCGCCUGGUGCUCAACUUCAAGCGCAUCCCCUACACGCAGACCUACCUGCCCUUCCCCGCCGUCGCGCCCGUCCUGCGCGCCCUGCGUCUGCCGCCGCUCACCAACGGGCCCAUGCCCUACACCCUGCCCGCCAUCCUCCACGCCCCGUCCAUCCCCGCCGCGCCCACCACCCAUGCCCUGAACGACAGCUGGCCCAUUGCCCUCCAUCUCGAGCGCGCGUUCCCCGCCCCCGGCUAUCCCUCCAUCUUCCCCACCCCAGCCAGCUACCCGCUCGCCGUGGCCGUGCAGAACAUCAUCAUCAACGCCCUCUACGGCGGCGUCUCCUUGCACAUCCCCAAGGUGCUCAACUGCCUCGAACCGGAGUGUGCUGAGUACUUCGAUCGAGUGCGCAGCAUUCGCUUCAGCACCCCGUCCUUGGCCGCCCUGGCCGCACAGGGGCCCGAGCUGGACCGGGUCUGGGCCGACUUGGGGAAGGAAUUCGGCCUGCUGGCCGAAAUGUUGCGCGGCGUGGAUGGCGUAGACAAGAAGAGCGGCCCCUUCUUCGAAGGCGACCAGCCCGGCUAUGCCGACCUGCUACUCGCCGCGUGGUUUGGCUGGUAUUAUCGCAUGGACCGCGCCGAUUUCGAGAGGCUGAUGGAUAUCGAGAAGAACGGCGAGUUUAGAAGCCUAUGGGAGGCCUGUCGGCCGUGGAUCGAAGGCCAGGGCGAGAACAUCGACUUCCCCGUGCCCAAAGGCAUGGACACAGACUUAGAGCCUGUGAUGUUCAAGUCGUGA